CAGCUAACCCUCCCGUCCAGACGCAGGUCAACUGAAGGGACAUCGGACCACGUCAAACUAGUCGGGAAGGUGAACAGUCCAUAUUAGAAACUAUGAGGAAACCAAGUGCUAAAGGAAAAGGCGGGGAGAAAAUGAAGAAUCACGUCUGUCCGCACUGUGGUGGAAGUCGAAACGACCGAUACUAAUAGGAGCCAAUAGACUGGCGACAAGCCCUCCAGCCCAGACGCAGAGUCAUCGGAACAGAACAUCGGACCACGUCACACAGGUCGGAAAGGUGAACAGUCCACAUUUCUACCAGGAAAUCAAGUGCACAGGAAAAAGAGGGGAGAAAAUGCAGAAACACGUCUGUCCGCACUGUAAGUAUAGAACAGAAAAUGCGGCACAUUUGAGAGAUCACAUCAGGACUCAUACCGGUGAGAGACCAUUCCAAUGCCAGCAUUGUGACUAUUCUGCAUCACAAAAGAGCCGCCUGAAAAUGCACAUUAUUGCUAUACACAACGAUGACAGACCAGCAUAUGGACGUGGACGCAGUGAGCGUUCGACAGCAUGCAAACGUGAACGUGUCCGGACCGAACACACUGGUGGUGUGAGACCACAUGCGCAUCGUUGCGAUCUUUGUAACUAUUCUACCACAUACAGGGCACAUCUGAAGCGCCACAUCGCGGCGAAACACAGUAACUACAGGCUGCACAAAUGUCCAACAUGUGAUUUUGCUGCGGUGGACAAGCCAAGUUUGAAAAGUCACGUAGCUAAACACACUGAUGAGAAACCUUACAAAUGUGACUUCUGUGGGUACAGUACAACACUAAUGCCAAAUUUAAAACACCACAUGGCUAAACACACCGGUGAGAAACCUUACAAAUGUGACACUUGUGGGUAUGGUACAGCAUUAAUGUCAAAUUUAAAACGGCACAUGGCUAAACACACUGGUAAGAGACCUUACAAUUGUGACAUAUGUGGGUACCGUACAGCACAAAUGUCAAACUUGAAACGCCACAUGGCUAAACACACCGGUGAGAAACCUUACAAAUGUGAUAUUUGUGGGUACGGUACAGCAGAUAUGUCAAAUUUGAAGCGGCAUGUAAUGGGCAAACACUCUGAUGAGAAGUCCUACAAGUGUGGAUUUUGCGGUUACGUCACUUCAAGAUUGUUUGAUUUAAAGAAGCACACCGCGAAACACACGGGUGAGAAACCGUACAACUGUGAAUUGUGCGGUUAUGGUACGGUGCGAAUGUCAUAUUUGAAACGGCACAUGGCUAAACACACUGGUGAGAAACCUUACAUAUGUGACACAUGUGGUUAUGCCACUUCACGAAUGUAUACUUUAAAGAAACACAUCGCCACACACACUCGCGAGAAGUCCUACAAAUGUGAAAUUUGCGGUUACGCUACUUCACGAAUGUCUGAUUUAAAGAAACACACCGCCAUACACACUGACAAGAAACCUUACAAAUGUGACAUUUGUGGUUACAGUACUGCGCAAAUGUUACACCUGAAACGACAUAUGGAAACACACACUGACGAGAAGUCCUACAAAUGUGAAGUUUGUGGUUACGCUACUUCACGAAUAUCUGAUUUAAAGAAACACAUCGUAAUACACACCGAUGAAAAGCCUUACAAAUGUGACAUUUGUGGGUACAAUACAGCACACGUGUCAUCUUUGAAACGGCACAUCAUGGGUCAACACCCUAGUGGAAAUUGUUCAGCCAAAAUGUCAAAUUUGAAGCCACAAUCUUGUGAGAAGUCCUACAAAUGUGAAGAUUGCGGUUAUGCUUCUUCGAAAAUGUCUGAUUUAAAGAGGCACAUGGCCAAACAUACUGGCGAGCAACCUUACAAAUGUGACAUUUGUGGCUACUGUACCGCACAAGUGACAAAUUUCAAACGUCACAUGGUGAAACACACUGGUAAGAAACCUUACAAAUGUGACAUAUGCGGGUACGGAGCAGCACAUCUGUCAAACUUGAAGCUUCACAUUUUGGACAAACACACUGAAGAGAAGCCUUAUAAUUGUGAAGUUUGCGGUUAUGGCACUUCGCGAAUGUGUGAUUUAAAAAAGCACAUCGCCAUACACACUGGAGAGAAACCUUACAAAUGUGACAUUUGUGGGUUUGGUGCAGCACAGAGGACACAUUUCAAACGGCACAUGGCUAAACACAAUGGUGAGAAACGUUAGAAUUGAGACAAUUAUGUUAGUUGUACCAUACACAUGACACAUUUGAAACGUGGAAUGGCUAAACACGCUAGUGAGAAACCGUACAAAUAUGACAUCUGUGGGUACGGCACAGUGCAAAUGUCAAAUUGAAAAUGGCACUAGGGCAAACACUCUGCCAAGAGGUCCUACGAAUGUGACACUUUCGGUAAUGUCACUUCACGAAUGCCUUAUUUAAGCAUAGCAUAUAUAUAUAUCAUAUCAUACACAUCACUAGCAGCACUAUAACCUCAAAACUGUGAAGUGUGAAAAAGUGUGUGUCCAUAUAUGCAGCUUCGAGAAUGUUUGAUUCACUGAUGUCAACGUGUCAUGGAGUACUCCUGAUAUGAUGUCUUACUGUAGUAACUGUACCCAAUAGGCUAUUCAUCAAUUGUACAACAGAUUUUUAGUGACUUCAUAACAUAGCCAUAGGCAUCUGUAGGUUUGACAACUUUCACAAUGCUAUGAUAUGCAAAUGCAUAAAAGCCUGUAUGUUACGCCGAAAGGUGAUUAUUUAUUAAUUAUACCGGCUAUAUGAAUACGUAUGUUACUCUAUAUUGUUUAGAUUGUAAAAUUCUGAAGUUUGUUGUAGACCAUGCGAAAGCCUUUGUGCCUUUUGUUGUGACAAGAAAGCUUCAUACAAAUACAUUUACUUGUUUGGAUAAUAACUUUGAUCCAACAGUUUGUAAUUUAUGGAAUGAAUGAAAGGAAUUCGAUUCAUUUAUA